CGGCCGCCUCUCAUCGCGCCGGCCAAUCGGCGGGCGCGGUUCAGCCGCCGCCGGCCGGCGCCAGACGCGGUCGGCAGGACGGAUCGCCCGGGGCGUUCGCGGCGCUCGCGGGGGCGGCCGGCGCGGCGCGCGGCCGCAAACCCGCGCGUGCCGUCACCAUGGACGCUGGCGAACAGGAGACGGCACCCGUGGAGCCUGUGCGCGCCGCGCCGCGGCGCCCCUCGGAGAAGUUCACGGCAGCAAUGCGCACGUUUCUGCUAUCCCAGGUGAUGGAGCGCUGGUCCGUGGUGACCGACGUGCGGAUCGACGACCGAGCCGUCUACAGCAAGCGGCGUGCCUGGACCGAGAUUGCCGCCCAGUUCGGACAGCGCUUCCCGGGCAGCGGCAAGACGGUGCAGCAGCUGAAGGAUCUGUGGAAGCGGCACAGCAUCCAGUUCCGGCGCGAGAGUCGCGAGGAGUUGGCGCUGGAGGAAGCCACCGACAGCGCCGUGCCUAACGAGCUCAUGUUCCAGAAGCUGCUGGAGUGGCUGGAGUCGAACCCGGGCGAGGAGGGCGGCGGGGUCCCGGACAGAGCGCCGCCGGUCGACGAAGGGGAGCCGGAGCCCAAGGAGCCUCGUCGGACUGAGGAGGCUGUCGAGAAGGUCGAGGUCAAAGACGAGCCGCCCUCCACACCGCCCAGGGUGGACACGCCGUCCGCCGACUCCGGCGGCUCGGCAGAGGAGGCCGCCGGCCGACGAUCAGCCGAGAUCCUCUCCAGCGCCGACAAACACUACCUCAUCAUGCAGUGUUUCCGGGCUUACGACAUCAUCGGCAGCACCCGGCUCGACUCUCCGGCACUCCGGCAGAAGCGGAAGACCUGGGUGGAGAUCUGCACAGAGUACAACCGCAAGUUUGGCAGGAACCUGGGCAUCAGCACGGUGAAGGGCGUGUGGCGGCGCUUCGUGAAGCAGCGCAAGGACGACCUGAUGAAGACGCUGAAGCUGCGGAACAAGGAGGAGGUGACGGAGGACGCCCUGCUCGAGGACAUGAAGGCGUUCCUCUCCAGCUACCGGGAGGCCCACGGGGUAGAAGAGAGCGACGACGUGCCGCUCUACAAACGCAUCAGGGCUGACGUGGAGGAGAGGCCGCUGACGGCGAGCCACCGGUCUCAGCGAAUGUCGCCUGAGCAGAUUCUAAACCAGCUGCGGCGGCUGACGCCGGCGCCACCUCCGCUGCGCGCCGCGAACGGUGCUGCCGCCAUGCGGCGACGGCCGACAACUCCGUCCGAUGAGCCGGACGAGGGUCUGAUGUCCGAGGAGGAAGAAACGGCCGAGGGGAGUAUGCUGGAUCCCCGGGACCGUCUGGGCUGUGACGUCAGUAUUACUAUGGUGGAGCCGGAGAGCCGGCCCCCGUCAGGCGGCGGCCGGCCCGCCUCUCCGUCCGCCCGGCCGGCGGCGGCGCCGACAGCGCCCCUGGCGGCGGCUCCCGGAGACACGCUCUCCGAGAAGCUGGAGAGGGACCGUCACCGGCUGCAGAUGGAGCAGCUGCGCGAGCGGCACCAGCUGGAGCUGCGCCAGCUGCGAGAGAAACACCACUGGGAGGCAGAAAAGACGCGGCUCGAGGCCGAGAUCCUGAGCAUGCGCAGAGACUACUGGUGCCUGCUGCUGGAUAGGUGCCGGGCGGGGGUGACGCCGCACCCCGCACAACUCUAAAUGGAGGGGGACCCAGCACCCCGCACAGCUCUAAAGGAAGGAGUCCCGGCACCCCGCACAGCUGUGAGGGGCCAAGGGUUCCAUCCAGCAGACCGAUCAGCUCUGAGGAGGGCACACCCCACUGAACAGCUGUGCUAAGGAGACAUGGGCCAUGACACUGAGGUGUGUGGGAUUGGGUCUUUCGUGCUGACUGUCGUUGCAUGGUGCCUUUGGUUCUCACAGGGCUAUUGGUUCGUGACUGUCUAAACUGCGUAAUUAUAUAUGGCUGUCUUCCUUUUCUCAUAUGUUGCUGUUGCUUGACGUUCGGUUGGUUGUGAAUGACUGUGGGUUUCGUUUGCACGUUUAACAAGAAUGUUAUGUUCCGUUUGCUUGUGUUGGGUGAAUUGAUCGUGUUUUUACAAUGCAUACUGACUGCUGUUGAUUCCCAUGAGUUACUUGCUAAUUGUGUACUAGAUUGGUGUCUUUUUAAAUAAACCGCACACAUCUUGA